UGGCAACACUGUUCCUUUAAAAGAAUAGUACUUCAUGCGGUACCUGACGUAUACAGAAAGUUCUUCCCAUCGUGUCAUCGAUUUAUAUUAAACAUGUAAUUGCAGGAAAGAAUGAAAAGGAUCAAUCUAUUUUAAGCGCAUCCGGUGAAGACAAAUUACCCCCAGGGGUGGGGUCUGCUGUCAUUUAAAGCCAAAGAAGUGAAAAAGUUAUGUUGAUCACGUAAGAAAUAACAUUGAAUAAUAUAACCAUGGCGCGACCUAUUGUACCUAGUCAGCAAAAGUUGGCAGAAAAGCUAACUAUUUUAAAUGACAGAGGUAUUGGAAUGUUAACCCGUAUUUAUAAUAUAAAGAAGGCAUGUGGCGAUGCGAAAUCAAAACCUGGUUUCCUGUCUGAUAAAACUUUAGAAUCUUCUAUCAAGACAAUUGUCAGGAAGUUUCCCAAUAUUGAUAUUAAGGGACUCCAAACAAUUACAAAUCUACGCAAUGAAAUUAUUAAGUCAUUAUCGUUAUAUUAUUAUACUUUCGUUGAUCUGCUAGAUUUCAAAGAUAACGUUUGUGAACUUUUAACUACAAUGGAUGCUUGUGGUGUACACAUGGAUAUCACAAUAAAUUUUGAUUUAACCAAAGGUUAUUUGGAUUUGGUUGUUACAUACGUCAGUUUGAUGAUACUUCUGUCACAAGUAGAAGAUCGUAAAGCUGUCCUAGGUUUAUUUAAUGCAGCCCAUGAAAUGGUACACAACCAGUCUGAUCCUAGUUUUCCUCGCCUGGGUCAAAUGAUUAUGGAUUAUGAUGCGCCAUUAAAAAAACUUUCAGAAGAGUUUGUUCCACAUGCUAAAUUAUUGAAAAAUGCUCUCACUUCCUUAUGGCCUAUUUAUCCAGGAAGGAACUUAUCUGCUGAUACAUGGAGAGCAGAUAAAAAACUGAGUCUCGUUGAUAGUCCUGGGAAAAUACUUAAAGCAGUAGCAACGGAUACCAUGUCUUGUGAAACUUUAAGUUUAGACAGAAUAGAAAGAUGGGUAAUUUUAGGUUUCACACUUUGUCAUUCAUUUUUAAGCCAAGAACAGCCUAGUAAACUCUGGACCACAGCUUUAGAGUCAGGUUGGGUUUUAGCCCUGUUCAGAGAUGAAGUAAUUUACAUUCAUCAAUAUAUACAAGUAUUUUUUGAAAGUAUAAAAGGAUACAGCAAGAGGGUGUCUGAAGUGAAAGAAUGUUAUAACCAAGCAGUACAAAAAGCAGGUUACAGACAUAGAGAAAGAAGAAAAUUUUUAAGAACAGCUCUGAAAGAUUUGGGCUUAAUUUUAACUGACCAACCUGGUCUUUUGGGACCAAAAGCAUUAUUGGUUUUAAUGGGACUAUCUCAUGCAAGAGAUGAAGUUUUAUGGCUUUUAAGACAUGGUGUGAAUCCUCCAACACAAGGGAAAGGCAAAGGAAGAGGAGGAGAAGAUUUAGUGGAUCGUCAAUUGCCAGAAUUAUUAUUUCACUGUGAAGAAUUAAGAGCAUUAGUGAAGAAAUAUUCCCAAGUACUACAGAGAUACUAUGUGCAAUUUUUAUCAGGGUUUGAUGCUCCUGCAUUAGAUCAAAUGAUUCAGAAUCUCCCAGUUUGUCCAGAAGAUGAAGGAGCAAUUCUUAGUGACAUGUGUUCAAAAAUAGCUAGUCUAACAGUGAAACAAGUUGAAGAUAAUGAACUUUUCGAUUUCCGUGCUUUUCGAUUAGAUUGGUUUAGAUUACAAGCGUAUAUGUCUAUCGCAAAGUGUAACAUGAAUCUUGCUGAUAAUAGAGAAUUAGCAUCAUUUAUGGAUACAGUUGUAUUUCAUACCAAAAUGGUGGAUAAUUUAGACGAAAUGUUGGUUGAAACAUCUGAUUUGUCCAUCUUUUGUUUCUAUAGUAAAGUAUUUGAGGAUCAGUUUCAUAUGUGCUUAGAAUUUCCUGCUCAGAACAGAUAUAUUGUUGCAUUUCCCUUAAUAUGCAGUCACUUCCAAAGCUGUACGCAUGAACUGUGUCCAGAAGAACGUCAUCAUAUUCGAGAAAGAAGUCUUUCUGUUGUCAAUAUGUUUUUGGAUGAGAUGGCUAAAGAAGCAAAAAAUAUCAUUACAACUAUUUGUGAUGAGCAGUGUAAUAUGAGCGAUAAGCUGUUACCAAAACAUUGUGCUUUAAUGAUCUCACAAGUGGUGAAUCGGAAGAAGAAAGAUAAAAAUAAGAAAAAUAUGUAUGAAAUUCAUAAACCUGGUACAGAAAGCUAUAGGAAAACAAGAGAAGAACUUACUACAAUGGAUAAACUUCAUAUGGCAUUAACAGAGUUAUGUUAUGCUAUUAACUACUGCCCCACUAUCAAUGUCUGGGAAUAUACCUUUGCACCACGAGAAUAUCUACAUCAACAUUUAGAAUCAAGAUUUGCCAGAGCACUUGUUGGAAUGGUCAUGUACAAUCCAGAUACUAGUGAAAUCGCUAAACCAUCAGAACUCUUUGUUAGUGUUAGAUCCUACAUGAAUGUCCUUCAAACUGUUGAAAAUUAUGUACACAUAGAUAUAACACGCGUAUUUAACAAUGCUCUUCUUCAGCAGACCCAAGAAUUAGAUAGUCAUGGUGAUAAAACUAUUGCUUCCCUGUACACUCAAUGGUAUUCCGAUGUUUUAUUAAGAAGAGUUAGUGCAGGGAAUAUUUGUUAUUCGGGAAAUCAAAGAGCAUUUGUCAGUCUAUCAGUAGAAGGAGCGAUACCUUUCAAUGCCGAAGAAUUUUCCGAUAUCAAUGAAUUAAGAGCAUUAGCUGAACUCAUUGGACCAUACGGUAUGAAAAUGUUAAGCGAGAAUUUAAUGUGGCAUAUAGCGAGUCAAGUACAACAAUUGAAAAAAUUAGUAGCCGGCAACAAAGAUGUACUUAUCGCUUUGAGGACAAAUUUCGAUAAACCAGAAGUAAUGAAGGAACAAUUCAAGAGAUUGCAACAAGUGGAUAAUGUAUUACAACGAGUUACAAUUAUAGGUGUAAUUCUAAGUUUCAGACAGUUGGCGCAAUCUGCAUUAGUCGACGUCUUGGAAGAACGCAUACCUUUUCUUUUGAGCUCAAUUUUAGACUUUAGGCAUCACUUGCCAUCCGGAGAUCCCAUGCGUGUUGUUUCGGAAAUGACGUCAGCGGCAGGUUUAACCUGUAAGGUCGAUCCAACGUUAACGGCAGCUCUAAGGAGCCAAAAGUCAGAAGUUGACGAGGACGAACAUUUGCUCGUCUGUUUGCUGAUGGUUUUCGUAGCGGUGUCGAUUCCAAAAUUGGCACGAAAUGAGAACUCCUUUUACCGCGCAUCCCUUGAGGGGCACUCUAAUAAUAUACAUUGCAUGGCGACUGCUAUAAAUAAUAUUUUCGGUGCGUUGUUCACUAUUUGUGGGCAAAAUGAUAUCGAAGAUAGAAUGAAAGAAUUUCUUGCUUUGGCAAGCUCCAGUUUACUUAGAUUGGGACAGGAGGCGGAUAAAGAGGCUAUUAAAAAUAGAGAAUCGGUGUACCUUCUGUUGGACCAAAUUGUCCAAGAAUCGCCGUUUUUAACUAUGGACUUGUUAGAAAGCUGUUUUCCGUAUGCAUUAAUACGAAACGCAUAUCACGAUGUUUAUAAGCUUGAACAUUCGCAGCCAUGAAAACAUUAAUAAAGAAUCAUGUACUUUUAGCUUGCCACUCAGGGCUCCUUUUCUACGUCCACUUUUACUUUGGAUAUUAUUUAAAACGAUGCAUUUUUGUAUAGAUCAGUACCUCCUAUUUCAUAUUUGAUAUCUGGCUUUGGAUAUAUUAUGACAUAAGUACUAUAUUUUCUUUCUCAGUAUUUCGUUGUAUAUCGUAUAUCGUAUCGGUACAUAAGGGAUGUUGUUUUAUAUUAUCAUAGGCGAAGUGUAAAAUGCUGUCUGUCUAAGAAUCGAGAUACACACGUAUCAUAAUAUAAAUAUCACUCUAUCCGCUACAUUUUUUCUAAUGUACAAUUGUAACUUUUACAAUAGUUUAUAAAAUAAAUAAAAUUAUCUACAAAUUGUCUCUUCAUUUCACUUUAAGCUCGAACUCGUAUUAUAUUUGAUUCCCUAAAGGAAUUGUUCUUUAAAGCGUUUAAUUUCAUGGAUUUAGAUUUAUUUUAUACAAGGCAUAACUGUUAGGCUGAGUAAUAGGCUGAUUAUAAAAUGUUAAU